AUGAGUGCCACACCAGUGGGCAAUGGUCCCGCGGCUCCCGCACGGGCCGAGCUUUCGGCGCCACUGGUUGGCAACACCACGACGCGACGGCGGGGGCGCUGGCGACCAGUUCAGGAUUACUUUCGCGAGCCUAUGCGUUUCGUGUACAUGUGCUACGCCACGUUGGACCGGCUGGCGCCGUUUCCAGGAAGCCUGGUCGCAAUCGUGGGCACUCUCGUCUUUUUCCUGCUCAUCGGCUGCUUUACCAUGCCCUCAAAGGAGCUAACCUGGUACUGUAGAAAUGAAGAUGAAAAUCGUGAUUUUUGGUCUCUCUUCUGAUAAAUGUGUGAUCAUCUUCCCGAUGCCGAUCAUUCCUGGGAAGAUUUUAGUGUGGCAAUGGUUUGUUUCUGCUGGGAUGUGCAGCAUAAGCCCUCCCUCAAGCUGUGGUAGGCAGUCAGGUAGAAAUUCUUCAAUUUACCAUUCCCAGAGGAUUUGGAGUUAUUGUAUAUACAGGCUGUUGAUCCAAGUUCUUCGACAAUGGGCUUUGAUGUUGCUGGUGAACAGUGCGGAGUCGGUGUUACACGCAGGGCCGGUUUGGAUUGUGGUUCUGAUUGCAGCGGCCCUCUGGGUGCUCCAACUGAUGGGCUAUUUGCUUUUCGUGGAGGGCUGGCUUCUGCUGGCAACCGAACCCUUUCGGGUGUUACCCUCUGCCCUGGUCUUCGUGUGUCUGCUAACGUAUUCGGCAUUGCUGUGCGUCAAGCUUGUGGUAUAAAUGAAAUUGUUUGUUCGCGAUUUUCUGGCGAAAAUUUUUUUUGAGACAACUAGGAUUUGUGAUUAGACCAAUUUAUUGGGAGGAUGGUGAGCCUCGAGGCUGUUCAUCAUGUUUCGAAGAAACACUGACGAAAGUGAUGAGAGCUGGCACACAAUGAUAUAAUAAACAGAUCUACCUGUGCCCGCACUCGCUGGCUGCCGAGCUGUUUUUGGCCGAUCUGGGGGUGGCGGCUGCGCAGAACCGACGGAACGCAGCGGCGGAACCUGAACGGCCCCCGCCCUUACCGGUUGACGUGCUGAAGCUACUGGUGCAGGUACUGAGGGGAAAAAUUCUCCCUCCCCAUAUUCAACCGGGGCUUUCUGAUACUGGAUUUGUUUACAACACAAACAAGACGAAUCAGUAAACACCUCUGUCUUCCAUGCAGCCGAGGCACGUGCUCCAGGGCAUAGCCUGUAUCUAAUAUGUGUUGCGUUUUAGCCUACAGCAAAGAUGUCAGCCCUUUUUUCUUUAGUGCAAGCCAGAGCUGUUUUGUCUCCACAACUUGGCAUCUAACCGAGUCUACUAUUUCCACUCGAGUAUGGGGAGAGAUUUUUCCUUUCGGUAGCGGGGCCGCGUGGUGGACUUGUGGACGCCCCGUACCCAGGUGGCGGAGCUCGAGGGGAAGCCGUGCGCCGUGUGCUGCGACGAAUUUACCGGGACCGAUGUGGUGAUCAAUCUGCCCUGCCAGCACGUGUUUCACCAGGAAUGCGUCUAUCCUGUGCAAAACCCUAUCCAUCCCGUGCUUGGCCAGCAAAUCUGCAUGCUGUGAUGGAUGUGUCGGCGCGCCGUGUGGGUCCCGCCCAUUAGAGCCAUUUCUUCGUACGUAAUGUUUGGGACAACUAGGACUAGUACUUUGUCAUGCUCUGCUAAUCAGGACGUUGAGGCAAACCAUAAACCCUGUACAACUACUAGCUAAGCUCGGCACGACUUCUACGCUGCAUAUCCAGACUUGCCACAACGCGCGCAGUACCAGCGCGGUCUGUUAUUUAUGCCAUGCGUGACGAGUCCUACUACUGCCGGACUUUGGCUUGCCUAGUUUUCGUGUCCCAUCUUGGCUAUGGGGCAUGGAUAUCGGUUUUUCAUUAGGAAUGCGUCCUUGAGUGGUUCACGAGGGGGAAUCGCGAAUGUCCCUUGUGCCGACGAGACGUUGAGGAGACGUUGCAUCACUCACCAACAUAUGGAUUGCAAACAUGUCUGGGUCUGGAAGAAUGGAAGGUUUGUCAUGCAUAAUUUGCAUGACCGAUGACGCUUGCAAUGCGUGGCCUAGUAUCACAGACUUUUGGAGGGCUUUGCAAUGCCUAUUCCGCAUGAGAAAUGCCCUCUUCACGUAGCACAAACUGGACUCCUCUUGCUGGUCAUGCAAUACAGAUAUUUUUAGAAUCCAAAAAUAGCAUUACAAGCUGCCUUCUUCCAGACCCAGACAUAUUUGCAUUUGAUACAACAAGUUCCUACGGACAUGGAGUGAAUGCCUCAGCUACCUCUAUAACCCGCUCAGGUGUUACAAUCUCAAACGUUACAAUAGAAUAUGGAAAUCUGUGAUGCAAGAGUGCAUGAUCUAGCCAACUCUCAUCGCAUUGCGCAUGACAAGUUCCGGAGCCCCGAACCCCACUACAAUCUGACGAAGUUUGUAUUGCAGAAAGUGGAACGCUCUGCGAGUCUGUCAUGCUCAUCAUGCAAGACAAAUUUCAGAUUCUAUUGUAACGUUUGAGAUUGUAACACCUGAGAGGGUUAUAACCUCCCCGGACACUUUCUACUGCCCCGAGGCGCUGCCUGGUGUGGAAGACGCGCCUGGAGAGCGGGAACAACUUGCGCAGCGGCCAGGAGGAGGUUCGGCCGAUAACACGAGGAACAGGAGCAGCCCAUGGAGUGGAAACACUUCGAGAGGGGGUCCACCUGUCGCGAAUGCGAAUGCUGGUCGCAGCCCCGUCGUGCAGAGGAAUGGGAGUGCUGUCUUUCCGCCCGUAGUAGCAGUUCCUCAUGCGAGAACGGGACCACGGUUUUUCCCUGAUGCGCAAGGAGCCUACAACGAAGAGGAUCCGCCGCCACUACUCCCUGACGUGAUUUUGUGACGUCGUCCUGCGAUAAUUCUACGCAAGUCGUAGGGAUCGACUUGUCUGCGUGUGCUUCAGCAGGGUGCCACCGAGCGACUCUUUCUCAGAUAGACUCUGCACUUACUGAUGCAUUUACUGUACGAUUUCAAGAAACCUGUAAAAUAAAAGAUGAUUGGAUCAAACGAGUGCCCCCUGCGUGGGCUGCUGUAUUUUCGACGCCGCCUUCCUAAAAAGGUUUUACUUGCAGUAUUUUGCCAACUACAAUCGAGAUGAUAAGUUUAACGAACACUUACUGUAAAAUUCGUUGCUACCACAUGCUACCCGCCUCCAUCUACCCCCGUUUCGAACGAGGCAGAACAGGUGCAAGUGAAAAGAAAAUGACUUCCACGAAAUUUUUCAUAUCGACGAAAAGCAAAUAUAGUUCUGCAUGCAGGU